GGAAUUAUGACACUCCUUCAAAAGAAUGAAUUAAACGUGCCUCCGCGUGUGUCUGAUUGACAGGGCUCUUGGGGAAAAGGCGUAUAAAGGAGCCGGUCACUGCCUGGAGGCAGAGAGAGCAUCGACUGUCAGCAGCCUCCCUGGCCAGGUCACUCGGCUAGUUUCCUCGGGACAGACUCAGAAUACUGACAUCGGUCGUCAUUCAUUUUCAAAUACAUCAGGUCACGUGAGCAAACUUCCCAGUGACACUCAGGCUGCAGCUGUGCAAUCAUCACCCACGAGACUGGUUUUCUCCUAAGUGUCACGGGUGGAGACAGGAUGCUCUGGGCACUGGCCCUGCUGGCUCUGGGCGUGGGGCCAAGAGCUUAUGCUGCUGACCACCGCGAAGACACGUCGUUUGACCUUUUCGGCGUCAGCAACAUUAACCGGAAGACCAUCGGCGCCAAGCAGUUCCGAGGGCCUGACCCCGGGGUGCCCGCUUACCGGUUUGUACGGUUUGACUACAUCCCCCCAGUGAACACAGACGACUUUGGCAGGAUUGUCAAGCUGGCGAGGAGAAAGGAGGGCUUCUUCCUCACGGCCCAGCUGAAGCAGGACCGUAAUUCCCGGGGUACACUCUUGGUGCUGGAAGGCCCUGGCACCUCCCAGAGGCAGUUUGAGAUUGUGUCCAAUGGCCCAGGGGACACCUUGGACCUCAACUACUGGGUGGAAGGCACUCAACACACCAACUUCCUGGAGGAUGUGGGCCUGGCCGACUCCCAGUGGAAGAAUGUGACCGUGCAGGUGGCCAGUGAGACCUAUAGCCUGUAUGUGGGCUGCGACCUCGUUGACAGCGUCACCCUGGAAGAGCCGUUCUAUGAGCAGCUGGAGGCAGACAGGAGCAGGAUGUACGUGGCCAAAGGUGCAUCUCGCGAGAGUCACUUCAGGGGCUUGCUGCAGAAUGUCCAUCUCGUGUUUGCAGAUUCUGUGGAAGAUAUUCUAAGCAAGAAAGGCUGUCAACACAGGCAGGCAGCUGAAGUCAACACCAUCAGUGAGCACACAGAGACCCUGCACCUGAGCCCUCACGUCACCACAGAUAUGGUGGGCCAGGGUGUAGAGAAGACCCAGGAAGUGUGCACACACUCCUGCGAGGAGCUGAGCAACAUGAUGAACGAGCUAUCUGGACUGCAUGUCAUGGUGAACCAGCUGAGCAAGAACCUGGAGAAAGUGUCCAGUGAUAACCAGUUCCUUUUGGAGCUCAUUGGGGGCCCUCUGAAGACGAGAAACAUGUCGGCCUGUGUGCAGGAGGGCCGGAUCUUUGCAGAAAAUGAAACCUGGGUUGUAGACAGCUGUACCACGUGCACCUGCAAGAAAUUUAAAACAGUGUGCCAUCAGAUCACCUGCUCUCCUGCGACUUGUGCCAACCCGUCUUUUGUGGAGGGCGAGUGCUGUCCAUCCUGUUCCCACUCUACAGACAAUGAUGAGGGCUGGUCUCCGUGGGCAGAGUGGACCGAGUGUUCUGUCACCUGUGGCUCUGGGACCCAGCAGAGAGGCCGCUCUUGUGACGUCACCAGCAACACCUGCCUGGGCCCCUCCAUCCAGACAAGGACCUGCAGCCUGGGCAAAUGCGAUACGAGAAUCCGGCAGAAUGGUGGCUGGAGUCACUGGUCACCCUGGUCUUCAUGCUCCGUGACUUGUGGAGUUGGCAAUGUCACCCGCAUACGUCUUUGCAACUCACCAGUGCCCCAGAUGGGUGGCAAGAACUGCAAGGGCAGUGGCCGCGAGACCAAGGCCUGCGAGCGUGCACCGUGCCCAAUCGAUGGCCGUUGGAGCCCCUGGUCCCCUUGGUCGGCCUGCACUGUUACCUGUGCCGGAGGGAUCCGUGAGCGCACACGGGUUUGCAACAGCCCUGAGCCCCAGUAUGGAGGGAAGGACUGUGUGGGGGAUGUGAAGGAACAUCAAAUGUGCAACAAGAAGAGCUGCCCUAUUGAUGGGUGCUUAUCCAACCCAUGUUUUCCUGGAGCCAAGUGCAACAGCUUCCCUGAUGGCUCCUGGUCCUGUGGCUCCUGCCCAGAGGGCUUCUUGGGCAAUGGUACCUACUGUGAGGACCUGGAUGAGUGUGCCGUGGUCUCAGACAUCUGCUUCUCAACUAACAAAGCUUCCCGCUGCGUCAACACCAACCCCGGCUUCCACUGCCUGCCUUGUCCCCCACGCUACAAGGGGAGCCAGCCCUUUGGGGUUGGCCUGGAGGCUGCUAGAACGGAAAAACAAGUGUGUGAGCCAGAGAACCCCUGCAAGGACAAGACUCACAACUGCCACAAGCAUGCCGAGUGCAUCUACCUGGGCCACUUCAGUGACCCCAUGUACAAGUGUGAGUGCCAGACGGGCUACGCCGGGGAUGGGCUCAUCUGCGGGGAGGACUCAGACCUGGACGGCUGGCCCAACAGCAACCUGGUGUGUGCUACCAACGCCACCUAUCACUGCAUCAAGGACAACUGUCCCAAACUGCCCAAUUCCGGGCAGGAGGAUUUCGAUAAGGAUGGGAUUGGAGACGCCUGCGAUGAGGACGAUGACAAUGACGGUGUGAACGAUGAGAAGGACAACUGCCAGCUUCUCUUCAAUCCCCGUCAAUUAGACUAUGACAAGGAUGAGGUUGGAGACCGCUGUGACAAUUGCCCCUAUGUGCACAACCAGGCGCAGAUUGACACAGACAACAAUGGCGAGGGCGAUGCCUGCUCUGUGGACAUCGAUGGAGACGAUGUUUUCAAUGAGCGAGACAACUGUCCCUAUGUCUACAACACUGACCAGAGAGACACAGAUGGGGAUGGCGUGGGCGACCACUGUGACAACUGUCCUCUGAUGCACAACCCCGAUCAGACGGAUCAGGACAAUGAUCUUGUCGGAGAUCAGUGUGACAACAAUGAAGACAUAGAUGAUGAUGGCCACCAGAACAACCAAGACAACUGCCCAUACAUCUCCAACUCCAACCAGGCUGACCAUGACAACGAUGGCAAGGGCGAUGCCUGUGACUCUGAUGAUGACAAUGAUGGUGUCCCAGAUGACAGGGACAACUGCCGCCUUGUAUUCAACCCAGACCAGGAAGACUCAGACGGCGAUGGCCGGGGUGAUAUUUGUAAAGAUGACUUUGACAAUGACAGCGUCCCAGACAUUGAUGACGUAUGCCCUGAGAACAACGCCAUCACUGAGACAGACUUCAGGAACUUCCAGAUGGUCCCUCUGGAUCCCAAGGGAACCACACAAAUUGAUCCCAACUGGGUAAUUCGUCACCAGGGCAAAGAGCUGGUGCAGACAGCAAACUCGGACCCUGGCAUUGCUGUAGGUUUUGAUGAGUUUGGGUCUGUGGACUUCAGUGGCACCUUCUAUGUCAACACUGACCGGGAUGAUGACUAUGCUGGCUUCGUCUUUGGCUAUCAGUCCAGCAGCCGCUUCUAUGUGGUGAUGUGGAAGCAGGUCACCCAGACCUACUGGGAAGACAAGCCCAGCCGGGCUUAUGGUUACUCUGGUGUAUCACUGAAAGUGGUAAACUCCACCACUGGUACUGGCGAGCACCUGAGGAAUGCCCUGUGGCACACGGGAAACACAGCAGGCCAGGUGCGCACUCUAUGGCAUGAUCCCAAAAACAUCGGCUGGAAAGAUUACACUGCCUACAGGUGGCACCUGAUCCACAGGCCAAAGACAGGCUACAUAAGAGUCUUAGUGCACGAAGGAAAGCAGGUCAUGGCUGACUCAGGACCAAUCUAUGACCAGACCUAUGCUGGUGGACGACUAGGUCUGUUUGUGUUCUCCCAAGAAAUGGUGUACUUCUCAGAUCUCAAGUAUGAAUGCAGAGAUGUCUAGAGAACAGGGCUACAGUUCCAGCAAUGUGCUACAAAUACUGUUUCCUAGACACAUUGGUCCAUCUUGGUACUUGCAGCUUUUUUGUCUUGCGGCAUUUCCUAUUUCUUGACCUUACCUGAGUGGAUCUUCACCUCCUUCGUCAGCACCAAGUCUAAGUGCCUUCAAGGAAUUAACAUCAAGGGAGCUCCAAAACAAGCAUCUAGCCUGCUAUUGGAAAGCAUUUUGAUGAAAUAUGAGACAUACCGUGGAGUGAAAACGGAGCAUGUUUUUGCAUUGCCUUUCUUGUUUGUUUAAAAAGAAUGACGUUUACAUGUAAAAUGUAAUUACUUACAGUAUUUAUGUGUAUAUGAAGUUGAAGGGACUAUUGUGUUUAAGUCAUUCUCAUAAAUUAAGCAUGAAAAAAUAUUGCUCACCUACUUUCAGUGCUUAAUGUUGUCACUGUUCUUGGAUUCGUGCUGUUCUACAAUAACACACAAAUCCUGUGAAGUUGAUUGUGAAGAAAGAUCAGGUGAACUUGGCUGCAGUAAGAAAGAGGCCAGAAGGUAGUCACAUGAGAUUGUGGCCCCUUGUCCAGUGUUGUGAAACACUGACUAAUAAGAACAUAGAAAAUGAUUGCAAAAUUAGAUGAAAACCACUUUUUUUUUUACUCCUCUUGGCCCACAGUUCCAGCUGACUUGAUAAAGAAAGCAUGUCCUUGCAGAGGGGAAUCUUUCAGGAUUCCAGCUCUGGUUUGUCAGAGCUUUCAGAACAAAAUCUCAGCAUAAGUGAUUUCCUGUUAAGCUGGCUGUGUGGGUUGGGCCUUGUGGAGCUAUCUACCUGGCUGGAAGUCAUGGCUGCUGGGAUCUCUGUCUGGGCAUCCUUCCCUGUCCCUGCUAUUAGGAAAUGGACUGUCAGGAAGUUGGCAAAUGCACUUUCGUACCCUACUCCUUUUCUAGGCUUCCAAAUAAUACAAAAGUUGCUUUUGCAGAAUUUGGUAACACAUUUUAUUAAGGUUCCAGGUACAGUUGUUUUGGUAUAUUUAUUAAAUGAAUUUGGAAUGUAGCUCCACUCACCGAUAACUUAUUUUAAACAAACAAAAUAGCGAGUAUGUAGUAUAAUUUCUAGAAAUAAACAGAUGACAAGGAUAUAAUGAUAUAAAGAUACACUUACCAAAUAUCUGCUGGUUGUGAUAUAAGGCUCUAUGUCAUGAUAAAAUGGAACCUUAAUAUAAACAGUUACCAAUGAUUUCAAUUCAGUUCUUUCUACUGUUACCUAUUUGCUGUAUAUAGGUUCUUUUUAUUUUAAUGCUGAAGGAAACAUCAUUUUUUUCCAGACACACCCAUUAAUCAGUCACAUCAUGGCAGUCACAUGCUUGAUUUAGAUUAUUUUAUUUUUUUUGCUUCAAGCUGCAUGAUGUCCCAGCAGGACGUACUGUCUCUUUCACUCCACAUGAGUUCAGUGGAAGUGCAUCUUGUCCCUCAGGUGGGGGUGAAUCAUAAUCCCCUUUCUGGUAAUGGCAACUGCAUUCCUAAGUCAGACAGAAAGAGCCCAUGACUUUGGUCUGGGCUUCCACAAUUUGUCUUGACGAAUUAUUUGUGUUGGCGCCAUUGAGGGCGAGUUUCCUUGUGUUUUAUUAUCCUGCGCUUUUUACUUUUGGUGAAACUGUAUUCCCAAGGCCAACACGGGAUUGGGAGACUUCUGACCAUGAGGAUGUGAAGGGCAUUUAGUCUUUCACUUGGGGCAUUUGGUUGAAUGGUACAAGGUGGUGGGUACGAUGUGAAUACGUUCAAUGUACCAUAUUAUUUUUGUAAAUUAUUUAUGUAGUUUUAAAAACCAAGAGCUUCUCAUAUACAUUAAUGAAACAUUGUUUUUUUUUUUUUGCCAAAGAUUGUAAAUAUUUAUUUAUUUGUUCAUUGGGUCAGAUUUUCACCACUGAAACCCUACGUUUAGCUACAGCUUCAUUUUUAUAACAAAGAUUAACAACAGCAAAUAAAUUAUAAAAAGGUUUCUAUUAA